AUGGUGGGUUACAGAAUCGACGACGAGAUGUCGCCACACCAAAAAAUUAUAGCCGGUUGCUUAUCUGGUGCGUUCUCGCGUUUCCUAACACAACCUUUGGACGUAUUGAAGAUCAGGACCCAACUUGAAAAGAGGAAGAAGAGGCAGAGGACCCUGAUUGAAACGGGCAGGAAAAUAUUGUACGAAGAAGGCUUCUUAGCGUUUUGGCACGGACAUAACCUCGGUCAAGUGCACUCCAUACUUUCAACAAGCAGUCAAUUUUAUGUGUAUGAACUUACAACAAAAUAUGCAUUUCAAUCUUCCGUCGACCCUAAAUAUAGGAACAUUCUAGAAUUUCUGUGCGGGAUAUGUGCUGGCUCGUGUAGUGCUACUCUCGUGACGCCCUUAGAAGUGAUAAGAGUCCGGCAGAUGAUAGUGCAAGAACAAUACAAGGGACUUUUUAAUGGAGCAAGGGCCGUGUACAGGUCGGGAGGGUUGCUGGCGUUCUACGAGGGUUGGGCGGCUGGAGUCUUAAUGCUGGGACCGCAAGUGGGAAUAACUUUUUCGGUGUUCAGUUUCAUUCAGCCCAUAGUCCUUGACCACUUGGACUCGUGUACCGAGGACUGCGACCACACUAAAGUCACUUCUCAGAAACCGGAACACCUCGUCUUGGCAAGCUCUAUAGCUGCGCUUGUAUCCGGAUUCGUGUCCAAAGUGGCAAUGUAUCCAUUUGAUUUAGCGAAAAGAAGAUUACAAAUUGCGAGUCACAAGACGGAGGACAAGUUCUUCACCCCGACUACAUCCAGGAAUCUGGUCAAAUGCACACACCUCUUCCAGUGCAUCGCGGACACGGUCAAAGCAGAGGGCUUUACGGGCCUGUAUCGAGGACUACGGGUCACGAUAUGCAAAGCGUUGUCGACGAACAUAUUGACGUUUACUUCGUAUGAACUGAUAUGCCAUUUCAUAAGAGAAUUGGGGAAACGAUAG